AUGAACAUAGUUAAAGUGAGAUGUGGCCAUGCCAAGGCGGGAAUAACUAGGGCAUUAUCAUUCGCAUUGACAAUCGAUGAUUCCACAUCAAUCGAUUUGUUGGAAAUUCAUAUGACUCGGCUUACGGACGCCUGGUCUAAUUUCACAACUCACCAGGAUAGCUUGUAUGAAUUUUGCGAUGACGAAGCGUUUGUAGAUCCAGAGGAAGAGUUUGCCGAGUACGAAGAUAAGUACUGUCAGGCUUAUGCUUUAAUACAAAAUUCAAUUCGCAAUCUCUCAAAGUCUAGUUCUAUAACAGAUCAAUCGUUAGGUGAUACAUUAGCGUCUCAGCAAGCUUCAAUUCUAAAAAAAUUAGAUGCAAAUCAAGUUAACCCCAAAACUGUCAAAUUGCCAGAGUGUAAAAUUCCUACAUUUUAUGGUGAUUACAAAGACUGGCCUGGUUUCAGGGAUCUUUUUACUGGAACAAUUGAUCGUAACACUUCGAUUACUGCAACUCAAAAGUUUCAGUAUCUAAAAUCUUUUUUGGGUGGAGAUGCAGCAAACCUAAUUAAACAUAUUUCAUGUUCCGAGAAUAAUUAUUUAGAAGCGUGGGAUAAACUUGAGGCGCGGUUCGACAAGAAACAUUUAAUUAUUCAAUCGUUCAUACAAUCGUUUAUUUCGUUGCAAUCGUGUAGUUCUAACAACGUGCAGUCUCUUCGAAAACUGACAGAUGGGGCUGACGAGACCAUACGAGGUUUAAAGGCACUUGGUUCUGAGUCGAGAGAUCCUUGGCUUAUUUUUAUUUUGCUACAAAAAGUAGACCACGAAACAAAACAGGCAUGGGCAGAAGAAAUCGGUUCAAACGAUGAAUGUACUAUUAGCAAAUUUCUUGAAUUUUUGGAAAACCGCUGUAGCUGCCUUGAAUCAUGCUAUACGUUACCUGUAACUCGUUCUUCUAAAACAACCAACAAGGCUCAAAGUAGUGUUCGGACACACUUGGUGGAAACCAAAAUAGGGUGUCCCAAAUGUCAAGAAGACCAUCUUCUUCCUUCUUGUAAGGCAUUUAUGGGCUUAUCGGUGGAUGCACGCCGUAAAUUCGUUAAGGAAAAGUCUUUAUGCUUUAACUGUCUUCGAUCAGGUCAUCCUUCCAACAAAUGUCAUUCUAACUUUCGAUGUAAGAUGUGCUCUACUCGUCAUCACACUCUAGUACAUCCUAUACAAAACGCAAACACGUCACAUUCAAAUACAAGUUCUAAUCAGGAUGAAAAGCAAUCUCCUCCUUCUUCGUCACCACGACAGGAUACUAUUGAUCCCAUUGUAAUUAACCAUUCUCUUGAAGCCAAUCAUCAUACAAGUACUAUUCUUCCUACUGCUGUGGUUAGAACUCGUGAUAAGCAAGGAGUUUAUCAAAAUAUUCGUGUACUACUUGAUACAGGAUCCCAAGUUUCCUUCGUGACUGAACAAUGUGUUCAACGACUAGGGCUCUCUCGGAAACGAAUACGUAUUCCUAUUUUGGGAGUCGCAUCUACUUCGGCAGGUGUUACUAACGGUCUGGUAAACCUGACUAUACAUUCCACACAUGAUUCAAAUAAUAUUGACAUCGAUUGUUACGUCAUUACAAAGUUGACAUCGUUGCUUCCAUCAACUGAAAUAACAAAUAUCGAUUUCACUAAAAUAUUUUCCAUGAACCUAGCAGAUCCAGCCUUCAAUAUUCCUGGCCCAAUAGACAUUUUGAUUGGAUCAGAUAAAGUGUUUAGCAUUAUUAACGGACCAUCUGAAGCAAUAGUUACAGGGGGUCCUAAAUCAAUUCCGACUAUAUUCGGCUGGGUGAUAGCUGGAAGCUAUCAGCAGCAAGAUUCACGAGAUAAGGCAGUAAGGUCAUUUUGCACUCGAUUAGACUACUCGCAACAUGUCGAUUUGGAACGCUUUUUUCGACUAGAAGAGGUUAAUUAUGAACCAUUUCUAUCGGUUGAAGAGCAACAAGCUGAAGAGCAUUUUGCUUCAACACACAGACGUCAUGAAGAUGGAAAAUACAUGGUUGAGUUACCAUUUAAAAAUAAUGUUAUUCUUAAUGAAGAAGGUUCACUUCGGUUGGCAUUAAAUCGACUAUUUUCUAUCGAACGCAGAUUCUUAUCUGAUCCAAAUCUGAAAACAUCGUAUUCAAAAUUUAUAGAAGAAUAUAUAUCGCUUGGUCAUAUGGAAGAAAUUCCACCAAAUGAACUACAAAAAUCAACGCCACAUUAUUAUUUGCCACAUCACCCAGUUAUAAAAGAAGAUAGCACCACAACCAAGGUGCGCGUGGUGUUUGAUGGUUCUGCUAAACUGAAUCACAGCGGCACCUCGUCUUUGAAUGAAUCACUUCUCGUUGGCCCCACAAUUCAGCGGGACAUAUUUUCUAUCUGCCUAAGAUCUCGUCGUCAUUCAUAUACAAUUACAGGGGACAUCGAAAAGAUGUACCGCCAAAUCUGGAUUUCCCCUAAGCACACAAAUUUUCAGCGGAUUAUUUGGCGUGACAAUCCUGAAGACCCUAUUAAACAUUUUAAGCUUUUGACGGUAACGUAUGGUACUUCAGCUGCUCCUUUUUUGGCAGUACGAACUCUCAAACAACUCGCAUUAGACGUCGCUGAAAGUAACCCACGCGUUAGUUCGAUUAUUUUAAACGAUUUUUACGUUGAUGAUAUAAUAACCGGUGCUGACUGUGUUGACGAAUUGAUUUCUCUUCAAAAAGAACUGGUAGAUGUGCUCCAUAGCGCCGGUUUCAACCUUCGCAAAUGGACCACAAACUGCUGGCCUCUUCUACUAUCACUACCAGAAGAUCAACGACAGAUGUCGCCAAUUGAAUUCGAAGAUUCUAAUAUGGUUAAGGUGCUUGGGUUGCAGUGGUGUCCAUCAAAGGAUUCUUUCACGUACAAGGUCAAAUUUCCUAACAAACUAAACUGUACAAAACGCGGAAUACUUUCAGAUGCUUCAAGAAUUUUUGACCCACUUGGAUUUGUUGCACCGGUUAUAAUCGCAAUCAAGAUAUUCUUUCAAGACCUUUGGCGAGAAAAGUUGGGCUGGGACGACCAGGUUCCGGAGGAAAUGGCACUUCGUUGGACUACCAUUCGAGAUCAGCUUCAUCUCAUCGAGUCUAUUUCUGUCCCUAGAAUCAUAUGGACCAACAAAGUAAAUUGUGAACUACAUGCCUUUUGCGAUGCUUCUUUGGAUGCCUAUGGAGCUGUAGUGUAUUGCCGUAGUAUAAGCCUAAGUGGAGGUAUUUCUGUGUCUUUGGUGGCCGCCAAGACCAGGGUCGCACCCAUUAAAAUUCUUUCUCUUCCUAGGCUCGAGCUAUGUGGAGCUUUGCUACUAACACACCUAAUUAAUAAAAUAAAACUAUCUUUACAGGCUGAUGAUCUAAGAGUAUUUGCGUGGACAGAUUCCGCAAUCGUUUUGCAUUGGUUAUCUGCAACCCCCAAAAAAUGGUCUGUUUUCAUAGGCAAUCGAACAUCAGAAAUUUUAUCGUCAAUUCCUCGAAAAGCAUGGAAUCAUGUAAGGUCUGAAUGUAAUCCAGCUGACGUUGCAUCCCGUGGAAUCUCACCACAAACCUUAACGUCUUUUAGCAUGUGGUGGAAUGGUCCAGCUUGGCUCAGCAAAGAAUCUAGUGAAUGGCCACUAUCACAGUAUGGUAUACAAGAUAUAUGUGCAGAUCAAUUAGAGGAACGUAAAUCAAAUAAUGUUCAGACAUUGAUGCAAGGGUUUUGGAAGCGGUGGCACCACGAAUAUCUGACGUCUCUACAAAAUCGACCCAAGUGGAAGAAGUUCCAACCCAACUUACAAAUAGAUGACAUAAUUUUGCUCAAGGAACCUAAUUUGCCUCCGUCUAAAUGGAUUCUUGGCCGCAUAAUCAACACACAUCCUGGUGAAGACGAUAGAUGCAGAGUUGUAACCGUGCGAACACAAUUUGGAAAUUAUACACGCCCAAUAGUAAAAAUAGCUCCUUUGCCAAAAACUGAAAGACCGGAGUCUUCCAGGGGGGGCUGA